ACUUCUAGAUGUUUUUACUGCGUUUCUGUGGACUUAAAAAAUGCAGGUUGUCUUUGGGAUCCUGCUGAUAAUCACAGGAGCUGCUUCAGGUUUGCUGUUUCAGGAUCCUGUUGUCUGUAGAUUUACUGAGAGUAAUCAGUGUUAUGUAGCUCUGGGACAACAACUGCACCUGCAAAUGCCCCUGGAGGAUCGGUUAGAGCUAAAGCACACAGACAAGACAUUUACCGACCGUAUCAUUAUAAAAUAUAGAAAAACCCAAAGUAACCCACCAACACCAAAUAUCCCAGGAUGGCAGUUUGUUAAUGAUAAUAAAACUCUGAUACUAACCAGUGCAGAGAGGAGAGACUCUGGAACAUACAAUUUAUCCACCUUUGAUGCAAACGGGACUAGUAAAUGCGCUUAUCCUCUCCAGCUGAACAUUGAAGCUCAGGUGUUCUCAGUGAAAGUGUCUUACAGCUGCCUGUCAAAUGGAGUCAUGAACGUGUCCUGUUCUGCUGAUGGAGACAACCUCCGCUUCAACUGGACUUCUGAUUUAAACACACUCUCUCAACUGGAGAACAGGAUCAGCACUCUUAUACUGGAUAACGUCCAUCACAGAAAUGUCACCUGCUCUGUAGAAAAUCAUGUCAGCCGUGAUCACAUUACCACUGAAGUCUACUCAUGUCCUGCACAUGAUCAGGACGAAGGUGUGGAAUAUGCUGAGGUGGUCACUCGAGCAUCCAAGAAGAAGCAAAAGAAGAAAGAGGACGAGGUGCAGUACGUCCAGCUUGUGUUUUACACUCCAGCCAGGAGCAAGCACAAGGUGGCCAAACUAGCCACCGACUUCGCGGGCUGGUCCCCAGCGGAAACAGGCGUCCGGGUGGCCCUCUCGCUGGAGGGCCAAGCGCUCCGGGCAUUGGAAGACCUCCGGGCGUAUGAGCGGAAGGACUGGGCGAAGUUGCGGGAGUUAGAAGAGCUAGCACGGCAUGAGCGCGAGUGCACACAUACCAAUCUGGUGCAGCACAUGAUCGAUACGGGUAACCGGCGCCUGUUCAGCUACAUCCGAGACGCCUCCCAUUAG